ACGCGCAGAAAGGGGCGGGGCCAAAGCCGGAAGUCGCGCGGUGCCAACGGAGCCCGGCCAUGGCGGGCGUGAAAGCUCUCGUGGCGCUGUCGUUCAGCGGAGCCAUCGGGCUGACGUUCCUCAUGCUGGGCUGCGCCCUGGAGUACUACGGUGUGUACUGGCCCCUGUUUGUGUUGAUUUUUUACUUCCUCUGCCCCAUUCCCCACUUCAUUGCCAGGAGAGUGGGUGAUGACAGCGAUGCAGCCAGCAGUGCCUGCAGGGAGCUGGCCUAUUUCUUCACCACAGGAAUUGUUGUCUCUGCCUUUGGAUUUCCCAUCAUCCUGGCACGGGUGGAAGCUAUCAAAUGGGGAGCCUGUGGCCUGGUGCUGGCUGGCAAUGCAGUCAUUUUCCUUACAAUUUUAGGCUUUUUCCUUGUGUUUGGCAGAGGAGAUGAUUUUAGCUGGGAGCAGUGGUAGGAGCUCCUGUGGUGCUGGUAAUUCUGAAUAUUUUACAACUUUUUAUUCCUCCUGUGUGUAUGUAUAAAUAUUAUAAUGUGUGUGGUCUGUUAUCUACCUGGCUUUACAUUAUCCCUUCAUAAUUUGCUUUUUGAAAUGCACUUCAGCCAAAGGGACAGUGCUGACAGUCACUAAAAUCUGGAAUUAUUGGGAAUUUAUCCUUGGAGAAGUUUACAAAACUUACAAGCAGUUUUAUCCAUUUCUCACUCUCUCUGCAUUAAUUUUUGGUUUAAUUGCAUUGAGCCAUUGGUCACUAUUCCUGUUGGGUUUUUAACCAUAAAAUCAAAGAAUGAUAGAAAGAUUAUCCUGAUGGGGAUUGUUCAGCUUGAUCAAUCUUUCUGCUUUAAUUAGGAUUUUAAUUAAUGUGUUUCAUUUACAUCUCAUUAAUUGUAAUUUGAGAAAAAUUGUGAUUUUUAUUAAUGAUACCAAACCAAAUAUAAUUAAUGUCAACUCUUACUGCCUAAUGAAAGGUUUAAAAACCCUUCCACUUAUGUUUAAAAUAAUGUUGUCCCCACAAAGAUAUUUCCUGUCCCUAUUAAAUUUAAAAAUUGUGGCUAUAUUUGGUUAAUAAUAUAUUUUAAUGCAUCUUAAAGCUGCCAUGACUUCUGUGAAGGUUCACAAAAGGAGAAACUCCCCCCAGGACAGUUAAAAUCACAAUUUAGUGUUCAACUCUGUAUUUUUCUGGGUAGGAUUUCUUAUUUUCUCCUUGCUUUUAAAACAAACUUCAACUCCUUUUUUUUGUCUGGAAGAAGGUUGUUAUCACAUUAAAACACUAUAUUUUUAAACAGCAUUAUUCUAGUAAACAUUCUCAUCAUCACACUUAAGAAAAUAGGAUUUUAUUGCUUUAAAUGAUGGGAAUGGUCAGGAAUUAAUUAACUGGACACUCUGAAAUGGGGACAGAAAUAAUUUUGUGGUUCCCAGUCAUAGGAUAUGGAAUGGAAAUGGAGUUUCAGGAAGGUUCAUUCCAUGUUUCUCAUGGAAAUUUCAGGUGUAUUUUAUAUUUGAGGGGUUCCAGGCUGUCUCCUGCUAAAAAAAAAAAAUUAACAUGAAUUUUAUUGACAGAUUUUUUCUGAAUGUUAAUGCUCCAUCCAGGACACAGCAGGAUAAACUUAAAAAAUCCUGGGAAUAAUAAAUUAUCUUGAGUGUCUUCCUGCUUUUGGUGAGAUCUGUUAAAAGUGGGGAGAUCACUUAUUUUAAUGAUAAACCAGAUUUUUCAGAUGAAGCAUCAUGUCCAUUUUAAAUCCUGCUUUGAUUUUAAAGAAGAUGCCUUUUUUUCCUUGCACAGUGACAUUUUUCACUCAAUAAUGAAGUAAAACAGUGAAAUAAAACCCAACCAGUGCCUGAUAAAUCCUUAAUUUAUUGUUAACAAUUCCAUUUAGCUCCUCUUGGGUUGGGGUUGGAUUCUGGAAGGAUUUUUACUCCAUUUAUGUACCAAAGGCUGCAAUAGAAAUCUAAAAAUUACUUAAUUACUGUUGGAGUUUGGGGAGGAAAACCAUCUGAGAUGGAAUUUUUCAUUAAAAUAAAUAAUUCUUUGUGGGCUCUGCAGAGAACCAGGACAAUCCAAAGUGACCAGGAGGACCAGAAAAUGCUGAUUUAAAUUGCUUUUUGCCAAAUUUUCCCCUUGUACUGUAUCCCCUUUGGGCUGUGGUUGGUGGGUACCUCAUGGGUGUUGAGUGGAGAAGGUCAAUGCUGCUUUAUUCUUGUUUUUAUUUUCAUUAUUAUUAUUAUUAUUAUUUGGGAGUAGCUAUGUGCACUAAUCCCUAAUGUGAAUUCCAUGCAGUUUUCCAUGUAAUGUUUAAAAUUGUGUUGAAAUCAUGGAGAUGUCCCUUAACCUCUAUAAAUAAGUUUACUUUGUUAUCAAAUAUGGUAAAAAAUAAUAUUUCAGUGAGGUUUUUUUCCUCCAGAGCUUCACUCCCACUCAGCUCUGCUGGUCUGUACUGGGAAUUCUGUCCCAUCCCUUCCUGUGUUUUCUCUGGAAUGGUGAAUAUUGUGUACCCAAAGUGCCUUAAUUUCCACACAAUGCUGAUUUUUUUGGGAAUGCACCUCCAUCAGUGUUCAGAAUCAGCUGGAAAUCUGCAUUUUUCCAAAGCUUCCUUGUCAGCUAAUCCUGUUUGCUGCCAUUUUGUACUUUUGUAAAAACAGUUUUUAUCUCCUGUGAUCAUGAAGUAUUACAACAAAGACAUUCAGAUAUAUUCUACUUUUCUUUCCAAGUUACCUACUAAAACUGACUUUUGGAAUUGUCUAAUAAACAUAUCUGAUGCUUCAA